AUGGACUCUGAAUAUGAGGCUUUUAUCACGGCACAGAGCCGGAAAAAAUACCCCGCACCUGCAAGCAUGCUCUCAGCAAUCAAGUCACUUUUGGCGGAUCCUUCCACUCCACCAUCCGCGGCAGCUCGAGAAGCAGUGUCGUGCUACAUCCAAGAGACUAACCCAGACCCCGACUACACAUCACUAUGGCCUCUCCUUUUUGCAACUAUCGGUAAAUUCACUGAUCAGAACGACCGCCUGGUGGACUUUAUUGCAGAGCUGCACAGUCUGACUGAGUGCAACGGAGCCUUUAGUCGACUGGAUGGGCUCAGUGAAUAUAUGACAGAAUUUGUCUUUGACUAUCAGCUCCAAGCUCAGACUGACAAAGCAGACGUCGAUCAUCCAUAUUAUGAUCCUCAACGCGAUGAAAAGCGGCAAGCUUGGGUUAAUGUCAAUUCGUUCGCAGCCAAGCUCUAUGCUCGGGGCAUCCGUGCUAAUCAUGUCGGUCAUCUCCGUCACGGUGGCUGGGUCUUGAGAAAGACACUGGAGAAAGCACCCUGGGAGAAAGUUCACCAUGAAGAUAUCGAACAGGAGCUGGAGGAUCUGGACAAUGAUGAUGAUGACGAGGAGUAUUGUGAGCUCCGUGACCACCUGCUGGAAGAGAUUGAUAUCAGAACCCUCAAUGGGUGGGUACCUGCCGCAGCACAGUGGAUCAGACAUUGUGGCAGGGAGAUAUAUGCAAUGGAAGGAUCCAUGGGAAGAGAAUUUCCAACGAAGUGGACAGGAUCCGAAGGUUGGUCAAAGGAACGGUGGGCGUUCUGGAAGGAGAGAUUCGAAUGGGUCAGCUUGGUCACUGCCUUGGAUCGAAAGACACGCAGGAUAGCCAAGGAGACGGUCCAAGAAAUGGCAAGAAUCGAACAGGGACAGGACUAG